AGUACCUAUAUUUUAACAAGAAAAAACUAUAUUUGUAUUAAAAUUCAAGUAACUGGAUAAUCAUCUUUGAAACAUGAUUUUUAUUGUUAUGAUACAAAUACUAUUGAUAAUUAAAUUAAAAUCCACUAUUUAGUUAUUAUAUGCUACUAUGAAAAAAAACCGGUUUGUAGCAUUAGUUUUGUUCAGUAUAUGUGUAUGGCUUGGUAUUAAUCAUUUUAUACUCAAUGAUAAUUUCAUUGCUAAAUCCAAUAAUUAUCUUGAUGAAAAUUUGGAUGAUUUAGAAUUGCGUUUAAAAAUUGAAGUAGAAACACACAAUUUAAUACGUGAAAAUAUUAAACAGUUAAAUUAUUCAAGCCACGAAGAUARUUAUCAAUUUGACAAACACAAUUCUUCUAAUUCAUCAAGUGUUGCUAUUUUAGUAAUUGCUUGUAAUCGUCCAUCUAUAUCAAGGUGCAUAAACAAAUUACUAAAAUAUCGCAAAUCAAAAGAUGAUUUUCCUAUUAUUGUGUCUCAAGAUUGUAUUCACGAAAGAACGUCACAAGUUAUAAAAAGUUUUGGCAGAGAAUUAAUUCAUAUACAUCAACCUGAUCAAAAAGAAAUUAAAGUGCCAUCUAAAGAGAAAAAAUUUAGUGGUUAUUUCAAAAUAUCAAGACACUACAAAUGGGCACUUAAUCAAGUUUUUAACACAUAUAAUUAUGKAACUGCAAUAAUUGUUGAAGAUGAUUUGGAUGUAGCUCCAGAUUUUUAUGAAUACUUUAAAGCUACUUUACCAAUCCUUCAAAAAGAUGAAACUUUAUGGUGUGUUUCUGCUUGGAAUGACAAUGGAAAGUUUGCAUUGAUUGAUAGAAAUGACCCAAAGCUGUUAUAUCGGUCAGAUUUUUUUCCUGGACUUGGAUGGAUGUUAACACGUAAAAUAUGGAUAGAAUUAAUGCAUAAAUGGCCCMAUAGUUAUUGGGAUGAUUGGAUGAGACAUCCUGACCAAAGAAAAGGUAGAUCAUGUAUAAGACCUGAGCUAUCCAGGACAAAAACAUUUGGGAAAAUAGGUGUUAGCAAUGGUCUUUUUUAUGAAAAACAUCUAAAAUAUAUAUACUUAAAUGAAUUACCAGUUGAUUUUACCAAAUUAAAUUUAACUUAUUUAUUAAAAGAUGAAUAUGAUAACAACUUUGUGGAAAUGGUAUAUAGAGCACCACUUGUCAGUACUAAUGAACUCAAAAAUAAGCAAAUUAGCCAUAGUGAUCCUGUAAGAAUUAUAUAUUAUACUAAGAAUAACUUGAAAUCAUUAAUGAAACUAUUUGGUCUGAUGGAUGAUUUCAAAAGUGGUGUUCCAAGAACUGCAUACAAAGGCAUAAUUAGUUUCACAUAUGAUAAUAGAAGAGUGUAUUUAACACCUAUUAAAGAAUGGCACAAUUAUGAUCCAAGUUGGCAAUGAUAAAUUAUUUUUUUUAAAUAUAAUUUUAUACAUAUUGUAAAUAAAAUAUAUUUAUUUUAUUUUAAUUAUGAUUUUAACUAAAAAUAUCUACAAUACUAGAAUACCAAUAUAAAGGGGGUUUCUUAAAAAAUGCAAAUUUUAAAUUUGGUAUUAUUCAAUUUAUUAGAAAAAAAAAAU